AUGGUGGAGACACUGGACACGGCCCCCGUUGAGGAGGCCGAACAGCAGCAAGAGGUGGCUGUCAGGAUAGCAGACCUGCCCUGCAGGCGCAUGGACGGUUUUAUAAUACCGAUGGUGGCUCAAGAGGCUCGCGAGACACUGCCGACCAUACUCGACCUGAUCGAACAGCUUCAGAUGGCUGAUGCUCCCUCGCACCUCAUCGGGUACUUUGCUGAGGGCCACUUCACCCAGGCUCACAACACAUUCCACCAGGCAAGCGAAUUGGAGGUGGGCAACUACAUCCUGGCUCUCACGGCCGUUCUCAUGGCCCCACACGUCGCCACCAUUCACUCGAAUGAGCUCAAAGCUGGCAGAUUUAUCGAGGCCUGGAUCACGUUGGCGCGUACAGAUACCAGUCUUCUGGCAACGCAACAGAAGUUCGUGAGACUGGCAAAAAUAAUUCACAAACUGUGCCAGCCCAUGCGCCAAAGCCCAAUUCUCUACAAUCUGCUGAACUGCUGCCUUGACGUUCUGGCACAACUGGCAGAGCUCGGCAACGCAACGAGCAAAGCUCCAGCAGCCAGCUUGCUUGACUGCCCCCGGGGAAGCAAGUCUCCCUCUACAACACCUGCCAUGGUGGAGGACGGGCAGCUGGAGACGGAGCCGGAAAGUCCGGACUCGGACGAACAACCGGCCCCUCAUCAGGAAGUCACAGGAGCUGCGUCCGCGGCCAGUCAGGACAGCCGCAAACCGGCCCCGACUGGGCGACAGGUCCAGAUCUCGAAGGCACUCACGAGCAUUUUGCGACAUCGGGCCAGAAAAGCAGGAGUCCACAUGCAGGAGGAUGGCUACGUCGCCCUCAGCGACGUACUGGCAACUAAGAGGUUCAUAUCUCUCCGAGCAAAGGCGGGGGAGAUUGCCACUAUUGUGCAAGACUCCGACAAACAGCGGCCUGCAAUGGCGAAGCACUGCUCUCUUAUCCGGCCAGAGGUCAGCCCGCCAUUGCCGGUGCUGAUGGGCAGUCGCCAAAGCUCCGGCCUGACAGAGGCUUCUGAGUGGUGCCAGAAGCAUUCCAUGGACCCCGCGACCGCGACGGUGCAUCGCCGCGAGAAGGCCAGGAGUGAGAUCCUUGGUGAACCUGUGGUGGCUGUUCAUGAAGAUGAAGCACAGGAAGAAGAAGUUGAUGACGACAUGAGCCCAUUCAAAAGGGGCAUCGAGAACUGGAGCACUCUCACGGAGUCUUUCACGCUCCCCAUCCAGCCUUUUUGUCCGACUUUACGUACAAUCCCUGAAGAUGCGCUCGAGGGGAACGAAGACCAUAAGCCGUCUUGCACGUUCAGCCAAGAGGACAUUCUAGUCCAUUGCUAUGGCUGCUAUGAUGACCCCGAGCUGACUGACGACAAGCACUUCAACAUGACUCCGGUUCCCUGGCGACUGCAGAUCUGGGUGCGAGGGAGCAAUGACUCUAUCGCAGUUCACGGAUUGCAUGAACAACCCAUUUAA